AUGAAAACUCAGGUUCAUAUUCAUUGUGCGUCAGGACGAUGUUUAGACAAAGAGCCAAGCAUGAUACUAGCAGUAGGAAAAACGAGAUAUAUCAUAGAAGCCCCGGAUAACCUUUCAAGAAAUUUUUUAUCAAAUUACUUUAAACCAGAUGAUGUAGCUGCCAUAUUCACCACUAGAUUAUUUCCAUAUUCAGUUGGUAUUUCUUCAUUCUCUGAUGUUAUUCAGAAGAAAGUCCCAAUUAUUGGUCCAUCUGAGCUAAAUAACAUGUCUAGUCUAUUAGGAGAGAGCUAUGGCAUGUUGAAAAACUCAUAUGAAGAUCAAAAAAUAAAUGUUCAAGUAUUAAAACUUUCAAAAUCUCUUAGUUUCAUAGUAAAUAUUAAAGAAAUACCUGGGGGAUUUUGCUAUGAAAUGGCAAAGUCACUCGGUGUAGCCGAUGAAACACAAAUUAAAAAGCUCUCAAAGAGAGAAACUGUAAUUUUACCAGAUGGAACUGAAAUAACACCAGAAAUGGUAUUCAAACCCAAUAUAAAUACAUUUAAAAUACUAAUCCUUGAUAUAACACAACUAGAAGAUCUACAAUUAUUACCAAAUCUUUCAGAUUUUGAAACAAUUAUCCAUUUUACAGAUCCUUCCAUUAUGAUCUUAGAUGAAUACAAAAGUAGAUUCCAACACAGAACAAAUAUUUGCUUUUUCAACACGCAAUACUAUUAUUACAAGUCAGACUUAUUUUAUGAGCGAUUUGCAACUAGUAUCGGAUUUGAUCCAUUAUGUAUAGAGACUAAUGAUGAUGUUCCAGAAGGUUUUAUUAAUCUUAAAUCGAAAGAAAGUUAUAUUUUGAUUCCCAAAUCAAAAUCUCCUUUAAGCGAGAUAAAAGACUAUCAAAAACCAACUGAAAUUGAAGGGAAAUUGCCACAAUGCAAUUCGAUAACAAUUCUUGGUUCUUUUUCAAAAUCUCCAAACAGUUUUAGAUGUGUAUCUGGUUAUUUGUUAUCAACACCAUACGGAUUUGUCUUGUUUGACUGUGGUUGUGGAACCCUGCUCCAAAUUUACAGAAAAUUUGGUCAUAAAAUCGGAAAUGAAAUUUUAUCUCAGUUGAAAGUCAUAUCAAUCUCCCACUCACAUCCUGAUCAUAUAUUAGGCCUUCCAAACCUCCUCAUUACUCGCACAAAAGUUUCAAACGAAAAAUUAAUUUUAUUUGCGCCAAAAGAAGUCAAAAAGAUGAUAUAUGAGAUUAAUUCUAAUAUAACUAAUACAAAUGUUGAUUUUCUCCCAUAUUCAUCAACAAAAAUUUUUAAUAUUAAUUUUGAUUUUCAAGAAGUGACUCAUCGAGUACAAUGCUAUGCAACGAAAGCCUCAUACGAUGAUUUUUCAUUUAUAUUUAGUGGAGAUCGUGAUUCAAAUGGUCUUAAAAUCGAUAAACUUGGUCCAUGCGACAUUUUACUCCACGAGUGUACAUUUUUAGAUAAAGAAAAAGACAAAGCAGAUUUUUAUAUCCAUUCCUGCUUGAGCAAUGUCUUGAAUGAGGGAAAAAACGUUGGAGCGAGAAAUUUGUUAUUAACUCACUUCUCUCAAAGAUAUAGUACUAAUUUAUUGAAGACUGAUGACAAAGAUACGCUUUUUGUUAUUGACUUCCUGACAAUCCCUUUGAAAAUAAGUGAUGAAGAUUUCGAAAGGAUCAAAAAUGCAAUUAGCAAUACUGAAUUGUAA